GUGAGUUUUCCUCAUUUCCUCUUUCCCUCCUCCGAGGUGCCAAAAGGAGAGCGAGAAAGGCAAGAGGAGGGAAUCAAUAAUUCAAUAUUUCAUAUUCUGGUGCGCAGCAAGCUUCCAAGGCUGCCGGCCAUGGACGGCCCCACCUCACCCUAUAUUCUCCUCUUUUCCUCCUCCCUCUGUCUCAUCCUCUCUAUCUUCUCCUCCCUCCGCUAUGCUUCGCCACAUCUAUCGAUCUUCUUCCUUCUCUUCAUCAUCCCACAGAAAACCCAAACCCAAACCAAAACCGCUCCCCAUGGGCUGCGUCCAAGCCAAACCCGAGAUGAACGGUUCCACCAGACCUGUGGGGCUCGAAAGGCUCAAGCUGGAUAAUGGUUAUGUGGGGAAUGCUCAGAGAAGACCACCGCCGAGUGUGGAUGAUGGCAGUGGUAACGGCACUGGAGGAGAGGAUCAUAGUGAGGUGGCCGAGAGAGAUAAUAAUAAUAAUAAUAAUAAGCAUCCUCCUAGUUCUCGUAGAAUUUCUGCUGCUGAUGACGACGAGUUGGUCGAUGGCUGGCCUAAAUGGCUCACUGAUAAUAUUUCCAAAGACGUUUUGGCUGGCUUGGUUCCCAAGAGUGCCGACUCCUAUGAUAAACUCGACAAGGUGGGCGAAGGAACCUACAGCAAUGUUUACAAGGCUCGAGACAGGGACACUGGAAAAAUUGUUGCCUUGAAGAAGGUCCGUUUUGAUACAUCAGAACCUGAGAGUGUUAAAUUUAUGGCAAGAGAGAUUAUGGUAUUAAGGAAAUUGGAUCAUCCCAAUGUGCUUAAGCUUGAAGGAUUGGCCACUUCAAGAAUGCAAUAUAGCAUUUAUCUUGUCUUUGAUUUCAUGCACUCAGAUUUGGCAAAAGUUAUUUCCAAAGCCGCAGGGCUUACUGAACCACAGGUCAAGUGCUAUAUGCAUCAACUGCUUUCAGGUCUGCAGCACUGCCAUGAUCGUGGAAUUUUGCAUCGAGACAUUAAAGGGUCGAACUUGUUGAUGGAUAAAAAUGGGGUUCUAAAAAUUGGCGAUUUUGGGCUUGCGAAUUAUUAUUCCCCAAAGCCCAAACAUCCUCUUACCAACCGAGUUGUGACACUUUGGUACAGAGCUCCCGAGCUGCUGUUGGGUUCUACAGAUUAUGGAGUUGGAAUUGAUCUUUGGAGCGCUGGAUGCGUCAUGGCUGAAAUGUUUACAGGGAGGCCACUUAUGCCUGGCAGAACAGAGGUUGAGCAACUUCAUAGGAUUUUUAAGCUUUGUGGCACACCAUCUGAGGAAUACUGGAAAAAACUGAAGCUUUCUACAACUUUUCGACCUCCACGUUCAUACAAACCCAGUCUUCAGGAAGCUCUUAAGGAUUUACCUUCAUCUUCCUUGGGUCUGUUGGGCACUCUUCUUGCUUUAGAUCCUGCCUAUCGAGGCAGUGCAGCUCUAGGUCUCAAAAAUGAAUUCUUUUUUACAAGCCCCUUGGCAUGUGACCUUUCUGGUCUACCUGUAAUCUACAAUGAGGAGGAAGAAUUGAAACUAGCUAAUGAGCAGAGAAAGUUCAGGAACUCUAGAGUAAAACAACGGUCUAGAAAACAACGUGAGAACCGCAGACAAGAUGUUGCAUCUUCCAAACAGGAGCUGGAGAAAACUGCUGAGCCAAAUGUUGAAAAUGAAGAGCCCGGUAGUGCUUCUAGUAGUACAUCCUCUAGUGUAAACCAAACUAGCCGGAAAGAAAGCCCAAUCUUCUCGCUUUCCCCAGUUAAAUCUUCCAACCAGAAAGUGUCCCCUAAGAAUGUCAAGAACCUACCUCCAUUACCCAACUCUAAAGCACGCAUCGCCAAUUAUAAGGACGACAGUGACAUGUACAGGUCGAAUUUGAUUAACCGGUCUCUAUCCACCAGAGAAUUUAGAAAACCAACUCAAAGGGAGAUAUAGAACUAUAUGCCGUUGAUGAUUAAGCCACACAAGAUGACCAUGCAGACAUGCAUAUCCCCUGUCGUUUCCAUUUGCUUUUCCUUGAGGUUCUUGUUCUAUUCUUUUUUCCUCUACUGAGUAUUGACCAAUAUGGACAAUCAUAAAUUUGGUAUCAUGUAUAAUGCCAUGGUUUGUAACUACUUGUCUAAAUACAAUAUGUUGUUGGUUUUAGUGAGGCAGAUAAGGAAGGAAAAGAAAAACAAGGCCAAGUUUCCAUUUCUUGUUCAAGGAGCUUGAUUGAGUUUAUAGAAAUGUAGGGGGUUUGAUUUAUUUAUCAUUAUUGCAAUGAUCCUGAGUCAGUUAAUUCUUA